GACGUGAUGGGGAAGGGGAAAUGGCUGCUGUACGCAUGUGCAUUAGAACAAAAGCUUUGUCUGGGUGGUGCGGCCAAAAACGAAGAUUAAAACCUAGUACUACUACUGUAUUUGCAGAGCUCGGGGGGGAAAUCUCUCGUGUUUUUUUAAAAAUAUAACGUGGGAGUGGACAAAAUACGUAACGGGGGCCUGGUUGACCGCGCAGAAGAGGGCGGGGAAAAAAACAAAAAACAAACACCCGUCAGCAGCGCAUGCGUGGUGCCGGCUUCGGCGGCCGCCGCUGUUCCUCUGUGCUGCUUCCUCCCUACGUGAGGCCGGCCGCCGCCUGGAAGGGUGGGGUCUCGGCUACCGCUGCCGCCGCGUUUCUUUAACAGACUGACUAACUCAGGUGGGGCGCGGCGAUGGCAAAGCACACGGUCUCGUCCGCGCGCUUCCGUCGGGUGGAUGUGGACGAGUACGACGAGAACAAGUUCGUGGACGAAGAGGACGGUGGCGACGGCCAGGUGGGCCCCGACGAGGGCGAAGUGGACUCGUGCCUAAGGCAAGGGAACAUGAUGGCUGCAUUACAAGCAGCUCUGAAAAAUCCCCCAAUCGAUACCAAGAGUCAAGCCGUAAAGGAUCGUGCAGAAAGCAUUGUCCUGAAGGUUCUCAUCUCUUUCAAAGCCAAUGAUAUUGAAAAGGCAGUACAGUCUUUGGAUAAGAAUGGGGUUGAUCUCUUAAUGAAAUACAUCUACAAGGGUUUUGAGAGCCCAUCUGACAACAGCAGUGCAGUCUUACUACAGUGGCAUGAAAAGGCUCUUGCUGCUGGAGGUGUAGGUUCAAUUGUUCGUGUCUUAACUGCCAGGAAAACAGUUUAAGUCCAGCAAAAAGUGCCCUUCUGCCAUGGGCGUGGGAAAUGCUGGUACAAAGACCAAAACAACCAAAUGCCAUCACUGCCCUGUGGGUAGCAGCUCUCUUUCUAUCUCUCAGCUUGCCUUCUUGCUUUUUCAUAUCUGUGGCAUAAUAUACACGUCAGACUUUUGUUAAAUGUUUGAUAAUUAUAUAAGUGCAAUUUUAUUUCUAAAAAGAGUAUUUGGUACUCACAAACCAUUUCAGUGACACAUGUACAAGUGUUUGCAUAGGAUGACUUGCAUUUUCAGAAAAUCAUGACAAGAUACAGCCUUCCUUCCUUUUUUUUUUUUGCCAGACCUGUGCAGAUGGUGAGGAUUGAGGUCACUGUUUUAAAUUCUUUAGUUGGUCAGGCAGCAUUUCAUGCAAAUUGUGUUGAGAGUGGGGCAGCUUACAAAUAACAAACUGAACGUUGCAUUUUCUAGUCAAAUCCUGAAUGUUACAGCAGCCAGCAAGGAUCUGUUGGAAGCCUGGUUGCUCAUUACUGUAUUAGUUUUCGUAAGUAUCUCACACAAUCUUUCCUUGCAAUCCUUUAUGUGGUGAGCCGCAAAGAAAGUGGCUAGGGCAAUAUUUUUCAGAAUUCAGCAUAGUGGUUGCCUCUGGAUAACCAAACAAAAUGUGGUGUUAUACUGGUGUUAGAGCAGAAUUACACAUUACACUGGAAAUGGGACUGCUGCCAAAAAUAACAUCUCUGUCUUGUUCCCUCCUCUCCCUGUAGCUUGUAGUCUCUUGACUCUGUCCUUUAUAUCAUGUGUUUCCCUGCCUUCAUCACAUCAUUGCCUGCUGUUGGCAUGGAAAUUUGGCAUGAUAUUGGGACACAGGACAAGUGAUCCUACAUCUUAGAGGGAAGAGGGAGGUACAUAAAAUGAGGACGCCAGUUUUGGUGUUAGCCUCAUAGCAAAUCUAAUGUAUAGUUCCAUUGUAAGAUGCAGAAAUUUAAUCAUCAGUGUUCAGGUACUAGGACCUAGAAGAUCUUGAUCUGUAUUCCAAUAUGGGUAUGUUCCAUAUUGUAUUAAGGGAGAAAGUAUUGACCAAGAAAAAAGCGCUUAUUUAAAAAUAAAAAGUGUGACUUUCCGGAAGAUCUAGUGCAUUCCAGACCUGGAAACAGCUUGAGUGUGAAUAACGUAGGAGCAAAGCUGACCAGUGUAUUUCAUUUAUACUUAAUGCAGUUUUGUGUGACAAAACUGGUAAGGAAUUAUGGAACUGUUGCUCAUUUUUAUACAUGGUUUUUGUAAAAUGAGAAAUCAAAAAUAAAAUGGUCACUGUUAAAUA